AACGUGGGAGGCGCGCAUGUAAAAUGGCAAAUUGGAAUUUUGGUACGCUAACUAAAUAAUGUCCACAAAAUCACAUGCCCAAUAAUACAUUGCAUUGCCUUGCGCCAGAUAGUUUUGUCUAUUAUUCUCUCCCUAACGGCUAUAUUUUCCAAGUCCUUGUUAUUCAAAUCAUUCACUAACCCCAACGGUCCAUUCCCCACACAUACAUUAAGCUCUAAAUUCACCAACCCAACAACAUACACAUAAAAUCCAUCCACAUUGCAAUUUACAUUCUCCCUCUCUCUCUCUCUGUCAUAUUCUUAAAUCACAAAUUUACAAUGGACCCUCUUCCUACUCCAACUCCAACUCCAACUCCAGCUCCUGCUGCUACCUCAGCUAGUGUUCAACAUGUAAACAAGAAGUCCUCCGAUGAGCUGCUAAGAAAGUUUGCUGAUUCAGGGGAUGAGGCUGAGGAGGCCCCAGAAAAGAAACAAGUGAUUCGGGUGUCGAAACGCCGGAAAGUGAGAAACCGGGCAAGUGGUGAAGGGGAGCAAUGUGAGAGCCCAUCAAAUGGCAAGAACAGCUUAGUGGAGAGAAGGUCUCUGCUUCCUGCUGCUGGGACUAAGAACAAGGCAUUGCUUAGGCAACUUGGGGUUCAUGGCAGGGCAUCACAACUCAGGGCCAGGGAUAUCAGGAACAAGUCUUUCUUUGGUGCCAUUCACAAGACAUGGAGAAGGACCAUAGAAGGGGCUUCAAAGGUUUUCAUGGAGAAGCAUUACAAUAGGCACAAGCGUUUGAUAAGUGACAUUGCCUAGCUCACAGACAGUCUCUUAAAUUCCAGAAAUUUCUAGUUGGAAGGUCUCAGUCAGCCUUGUGUAAAUCUUGCAUCCAAUUUAUAUUUCUCAUGAAUCUUUAAUAUUGUUUCUUUUUUCACAAUGAAUAAAUUAAGUACCAUUUUAGUUCUUUAACUCAAAAAA